AUGUCACCUCUGGAAUGUUCUGAGUGUUUUGGUGACCAACUUCUGCAUAGGACCUAUACCUGGCACCUGACACUGCACUCAAGGCCACAUUUUACAAGAAAAAGAGAUACCAGAUUUGAAAACCUAGAAAUCCCAAUCAAUGUGGUUCUACCUCAGAGGGGCACGGCCGAGCCCUUCCUGAGACUCCACAACCUGUACUCCAGCCCGCGCUGCCCCAGGCAGGCCGCCCUGCCCAGGCCCAGCCGCAGGGUGGUCAGCCAGCACUCCUACCCGCUGAAUCGCUUCUCCUCUGUGCCCCUGGACCCCAUGGAGCGCCCCACCUCCCAGGCGGACCUGGAGCUGGACUACAACCCUCCCCGCGUGCAGCUCAGCGACGAGAUGUUCGUGUUUCAGGACGGGCGGUGGGUGAACGAGAACUGCCGCCUGCAGUCGCCCUACUUCUCCCCCACGUCGUCCUUCCACCACAAGCUGCACCACAAGCGGCUGGCCAAGGAGUACCUGCUGCAGGACGAGAACAAGUGCCUGCGGGAGGAGAACCGCGCCCUGCGCGAGGAGAACAAGACCCUCCGCAAGGAGAACAAGAUCCUGCAGGUCUUCUGGGAGGAGCAGAAGCUGUCGCCCGGCCGCGAGGACAGCCGGGCCUCGUCGCCGCUGCUGCGCAAGGACAGCGCGGUCCAGGAGGCGGCGAAGAAGGACCCGGCGCUGCAGGGGCACCGCAGCCAGGAGAACAGCGCCCUGCGGCUCCUGCGGGAGGAGAACCGCGCCCUGCAGCAGCUGCUGGAGCAGAGAAAGGCCUACUGGGUCCCGACGGAGGAGAAGCCCGGCCCCGCGGAGGAGAGCAACCCGGCCCCCUCGCCCCUGGAGGAGCCGCACGGCCCCGGGCUGCUGCCCGCCCCGGGCGCGGGCCUCUCCCCCUUCGAGGAGCCCAAGGGGCCCGCCCUGCGGGUGGAGAACCAGAGCCUGCAGGUCCUGCGCGAGGAGAACCGGCUCCUGCAGGAGGAGAACCGCGCGCUGCACGUGCUGCGCGAGGAGCACCGGCUGUUCCAGGAGGAGAACAAGGCGCUGUGGGAGAACAACAAGCUGAAGCUGCAGCAGAAGCUGGUCAUCGACACGGUGACCGAGGUCACCGCCCGCAUGGAGAUGCUCAUCGAGGAACUGUACGCCUUCAUGCCGGGCAAGAACAAGGACCCCAAGAAGCCCCCCAGGGUCUGA